CCGCACGUGACGCGGCGCGGUGGCUGCGAGCGGCGGGGCCCCCGCUCCGCUGCGCUCCGGUACCGGCUCCGCUCCGGUACCGGCCCCAGCCCCGGCCCCGGCGCCGGCCCCGCCGCCCCUCCGGCUUCAGGGUUAACGCCGCUCAAGGGGCCGUGGGGGAGCUCCCCUCUCCCCCAGGAAGCGCCAUGGGCCCCCCAGGACUCCCCCGCACCACAUAGACGUGUCUCCAUCCAGCACCGCCACCCCCUCGGCCACCCCACCCCGAGGGCAGCAGGAUGGCCCAGCAGCGCCACGCCGUCCCCCCGCCGCUCAAGACGGAAGAGGAUUACAUCCCCUACCCCAGCGUGCAUGAGGUGCUGGGCCGGGAGGGGCCGUUCCCCCUCAUCCUCCUGCCGCAGUUUGGGGGUUACUGGAUCGAGGGCACCAACCACCAGCUGAGUGGGGCACCCGAGUCCCCCCCGACCCCAGCACCCAGUGCCCGGGCAAAGCUUGAGGGCAACCACACGGCCAAGAUCUACCGCAAGCACUUCUUGGGCAAGGAGCACUUCAACUACUACUCCCUGGACCCAGCAUUGGGCCACCUCGUCUUCUCCCUCAAGUACGACGAGCAGGAGCACCUUCACCUGCUGCUGCGCACCCGUGCCCGCACCCUGCACGACGUGGUGCCUAUCUCCUGCCUGGCCGAGUUCCCCAACGUGGUGCAGAUGGCCAAGCUGGUGUGCGAGGACGUCAACGUGGAUCGCUUCUACCCCGUGCUCUAUCCCAAGGCGUCCCGCCUCAUCCUCGCCUUCGACGAGCACGUGCUCAGCAACCACUUCAAAUUCGGGGUCAUCUACCAGAAGCUGGGGCAGGUACGAGAUGGGGUGUUGGGGGGUCGGUGUUGGGGGGUCCCAUUGGCGGUGUUGGGGGCACCCAUGUCCUCCCCACGGCAGACGUCCGAGGAGGAGCUCUUUGGCACCACGGAGGAGAGCCCAGCCUUCACCGAGUUCCUGGACGUGCUGGGGCAGCGGGUGCAGCUGCGCGACUUCAAGGGGUUCCGGGGGGGGCUGGAUGUGACCCACGGACAGACGGGCAGCGAGUCCAUCUACUGCCACUUCCGCGACAAGGAGAUCAUGUUCCACGUCUCCACCAAGCUGCCCUACACCGAGGGGGACGCGCAGCAGCUGCAGCGGAAGCGUCACAUCGGCAACGACAUCGUGGCCGUGGUCUUCCAGGACGAGAACACGCCGUUCGUGCCCGACAUGAUCGCCUCCAACUUCCUCCACGCCUUCGUGGUGGUGCAGCUGGAGCAGGGCAGCGACCAGGGGACCCUCUACAAGGUCUCUGUCACCGCCCGUGAUGAUGUGCCCUUCUUCGGCCCGCCGCUGCCCGACCCCGCUGUGUUCAGGAAGGGCCCCGAGUUCCAGGAGUUCCUGCUGACGAAGCUCAUCAACGCCGAGUACGCCUGCUACAAGGCUGAGAAGUUCGCCAAGCUGGAGGAGCGGACGCGGGCGGCGCUGCUGGAGACGCUGCACGAGGAGCUGCAGGCGCGCAGCCAGGCCAUGCUGGGGCUGGGCCCCGACGACGAGCGCCCGGACAACGGCGCCGCCGCCCCGGGCUUCUUCGAGUCCUUCAAGUCGCUGCUGGUGCCCGGGAGCCGGCGCGGACGCCGCGGCAGCGCCAUCGGGCUGGGCUCGGUGGAAGAGGCGCUGCUGGUGCCCGGGAAGAGCCCGUCGCGGCGGCGGCCCGGCCCGCUCGGCUCCCGCCGCUCCAGCGCCAUCGGCAUCGAGAGCAUCCAGGAGGCGCCGGCCGGCAGGGACGGCCCCGCCGCCACCCCCGAGGGCACCGGCUCCGCACACAGCUCCCCCGAGAGCCAGCGGCACCAGGACAGGGAGAAGCCGGAGCCGCCGGAUUUCUCCCGCUCUUCUUCCAGCGGCAGCAGCUUCGGCAGCGCCCCCGAGGAGCCGAGCGAGCCGGGACGGGAGAGCCGCUCCCCCUCGGGGACCCACCGCGACGCCUUCACCGACACCCCGUGGCCGGAUGACCCCCCCGGCACCCCCACAGGCCGACGUCCCCCUGAGUCCCCCUGCCCCGAGAUCAAAAUCCAGCUGGAGCGGCCCCCCCCUCAUCCGGGCUCGUAGUCACCCCCCCAUCCCCGGGGGGUGUCAACACUUCACCCCUCCAUGUGCCAGGAGCUGAAGCCAUCGUCCCCAGUGUAGGAUUUGGGGGGCCCCCCCAGAAAAAUGAGGGUGUCCCCCCUCCAGACAAUCUCCAUCACCCCAAAUCCCCCUGGGGGGGGUGAUGGACCAUGAAGGACUCUCCCCCCCGCUGUCACCCCAAAAUGAAGAGCGGGUCCAACCCGAGCAUCACCACCUCCCUAAGGAAAAUGGGGGCUCAGAUCCAGGGUAAACCCAAAGUGGGGGCUCCCCCUGUUGUUCCCCUCCCCCCCUUAUUUUAAGGGAAAAAAGCUCCGGAAUGGGUCGGAUGCUGGAAUCGGCGGGGGGGGGAGGGGGAUUAUUUUUUCAAGCCCCCCCCAAAUCGUGUUUGUGUUUCCUGUGAGUCCUGUAUAAAAUAAAGGUUUAUUUAUCGCUA